GCGCAAUAGUCGGCAAGCACCGCGACUCCACCCUCGUGGAGAUCCAAAACCUCACGGACAACGAGACCACUUCGACAUCCAGCGAGAUCACAGCGAUCAUCUGGGCGCUCGCCUACAUCAUCCACGAGGACAUCAACCACAGGAUAUCGGUCCACUCCGACUCGCUGGGAGCGAUCCAAUUGGCCAAGAUGGAAGCUUUUACCAACCGAGACGCCCACCUCGUGCAGCUACUGGUGAUCAUGUACUCGCACGUCAAGGAAUAUGUCGACCUGCGUCACGUUCACGCCCACGAGAUGAACCCAUGGAACGAAGUUGCCGACGCCGCGGCCAACUACGCCCGCAUUGAGGACUACCCGCACCCACAACCUGAAUGGGCUAACAUACUCAACGCGUCCCCUCAGCGCAGCUGGGAAUUCCUACUUGACGCCGACAACCACACCAAGGACGCUUACCCAUCCUUCUCACCUGGGAUGCUCAAGGCCCAACGCAUCGAUACCACGGCAACGACAGCUCACCUUUCGACACCAACCAAGUCCACGAAGACCUCGACCGAGAUAGAUGUCAACAUCGCCACCUACAACAUCCAGUCAGGGCGCGAACCUGGCCACGGCGCUCGACGACGCAAAGAAAAGAUACACAAGCUCAGAAAGACAAUGCUCAACCUGUACAUGGAGGACCUCCACCUGAUCGGCAUCCAGGAAGCCCGCACGCCCUGGGGAGUUCGCAGCGGCAACGACAUCACCAGCACGAGUGCGUACAACUACCGCGUCAUAUCAGGGGGCCACGAUCAGUACAACCUCGGCUGCGAGCUCCACAUACUCACCAGCAAGCCGUACGGAAAGGCAGGAGCCAAGGAACUCUACUUCCGCCCCGAUCAGUUCACCGUCAUAGAGCACAGCCCUCGGCAUCUCGUAGUAAGGAUCGAAGCCCCAGGAUUUCGACAUACAGUCUGCGUCGCCCAUGCACCACAUUCACGAGCUAAGCCACACGAGAAGGAUACCUUCUGGGAGAUGAUCGAAUGCGCAACGUCUAACCACAAUAUCAACAUCUUCCUCAUCGACGCCAACGCUAGAACGGGCAGCUUAUGCAGCCAGGCAAUCGGCGAUCAAGGCUUCAAGCAAAAGGAGGACGACAACGGCGAACGCUUCCACAAGGUCCUGCAAGGGAACUCCCUCAUAGCCGCGAACACCUUCAAAAGCGGAGGCCAGGACCACUACACAUGGGACUCAGGCAAGGACGUGCACAGACUGGACUACAUAGUGGUUGGCCACGAGCUUUUUGACUCCAUCUCCUACACGUCCGUGAUGUACGGUAUCGACACAGAACACGACCACUCACAAAAGAACGACCACUUCCCUGUCAAGGCUAACCUCGCCUACACCGUCGAGACCGCCUACCAGCACGGCACGCCCAAGCUCGACAUCGCUAAGCUCGGCUCCGAGACAGCCAAGAACGACUUUCAACGACGCCUGCAGCAGAUCCAACACCCUCCCUGGGAGACCAACAUCAACGACCAUACCAAGAGCAUCGUCGAUCAGAUAAAGGACGCAGCCUACGCCAGCUUCAAGAAGCAGCAUCAUGCCCCCCGCAAGCCCUACAUUACCGAGGCCUCCUACGCUCUUCUUCGAUUCCGACGCACCCUCCUCAAGACGAUCCGCAUCGUGAAAAGGAAUGGCAUUUGCACCAAGAAGUCACGCAGACGGAUCCGAUACACCGCGCACCUCAUCGCAAACCAGUCGGCAUCAGCGUCCCCUGACGACGUCAUCCACCUCAUGGACAUCCCUGGAUACACUCAGCUGAUGAUCAAGACCAUCCUCUUCAUCAACCACAAGGACCCCGACCAUACCGCGGCUCCACACCACGACAGCACCUAUGGCACGACCACAUUCACUACGAAUCUUUUCGACUCAUACUUGAGCUUUAUCCAAGACACCGACCGCGUUCUCAGAAUCCGCCUCGACCAUGACCGCGACGCCCACCUCGAGCGCUUCUCCGACAACAUGAUAUUAGCAGCCGCAGGGAAUGCCCCGCGGCAGGAAUGGGCAAACGUGAGGGCCUUACUCACAUACGGCGGCCGCACGCCUAAGAGAACUCCGACUCCCAAAAUACGCCAAGACGAUGACGGUGCUCCACUCACGACGCCACAAGCCAUUGCGGAGCACGCCCUUCGAUACUACGGCAACAUCGAGAACGGCAUCAACACCGACAUCGAAGGAGUCGUCAAGUACUACAACAACAAGACUGCACACACAAAGCCGAUACCCCACAUCAACAACGUCCAGACCAUCCACAACCUGACAUCCGCCCUGGCAGCCGCCAAGAAGGGCAAACGCGGCGGGCCCGACGGGAACGCCGACGACAUGGCACGCGCAGCGCCGCGCCAGAUUGCCCGACUUCUGCACCCCAUCAUGAUGAAGAUGCAGCUGAUGACGACGGAGCCCAUUUCGGCGAAGGGCGGCUUCUCCACCCAUUUCUCCAAAGGACAAGGACAGCUUCAUCUGCAGAAAGCCUACAGAGGCAUCCUACUGAACAACACUAUUGGCAAGAUUAACAGCAAGUUCCUGAGAGGCCUCUUCCGCGACAUAUUACCCGACCUGCUCAUGGACACGCAAUGCGGCGCCGCCCCUCACAAGGCGACUGACUUCAUCACCCACACCGCCUACACCUUCUUGGAAGACUGCCGUGCGCAGGCUCGCACGGGCAGCAUCCUCUUCCUGGACUUGAAAGAAGCCUUUCAUUCGGUAAUAAGGGAGUUCAUGUUCCAGCUGCCGACCCAGGAGGACGAGCUCGAAGACGUCAUCGACAACAUCGAGAUUCCCAUAUGCCUCCUCCCCUCCCUACGACAACGGCUUCGAUGUCCAGCACAUCUCAACGCCAACGUCGACGACUCUCACCUCUGCGCCCUCGUUGCCGACCACCACACGGCCAACUGGAUGACCGCCAAGGGCGCAGACGCAUACGUGAUCCCUCGCACCAGUACCAGGCCAGGGGUGCCAUACUCUGACGCGGCUUUCAACAUGCAUUUCUCCCUAGUGCUUCAGGCCAUCGCCGACGACGCUGAAGGGGCAGAAGACGGUGAGAGCGGCCACCACAUCCGCCCCUGCGACAACCCGCUCUUCUCUACGGCCCCUCAUCAAGGCGGCAAGCUGACUAACAUGUCUUUCGUCGACGACCUCACCGACUUCAACUCGACCACCAGCCACUCCGAAAUCAUUGACAUUACGAAAACUUCAGCCGAACGUCUAUGCCGUACAGCCCUUACCUACGGGCUCAAGCCACACCCAGACAAGACCAAGGUCAUCAUCUCCUUUAACGGGACGGGCUCCAACGUCGCACGCAGCAGGCUUGCACAGCAGAACAUUACGUCAAUCAAGCUGAGCAUCAUGUCGAUCUCGGUCCAGAUCACAGACCAGCACCGACUCUUAGGCACUAUCCUAACCAACGGCAGCAUGGGCCCCGAGGACUUCGACUUCCUGCGAACAUACCUGGACGACCAGCGCUGGCCCACGACAAGCAAGCUCGACCCCGAUGUUUUUGCAUGGGCUCGCACCACGCCGAAGCACUUCACCAACUCCGUCAACCUGGCCGUCACAAACUACAUCCGCGCCUCUAAAGACCACGCCCACGCCGACAAGCUGACCAAG